UCCCGGCGCGCUGCCGCCGCGUGGAGCCGCGCUGCAUGUUCCCGAUCCCUGAUCCCGCAUCCCUGAUCCCGCAUCCCUGAUCCCGCAUCCCUGAUCCCACAUCCCUGAUCCCUGUUCCCGGCUCCCUCCGCCGCCCCCAGCCGUGCCCCCGCUGCGGGCCGGCGGCGCGGGGAUGGGCGCGGGGCUGUGAGCGCGGCCGGGAGCCGUGGCCAUGGGGAACAUCUCCUCCAACAUCUCCGCCUUCCAGUCCCUGCACAUCGUCAUGCUGGGCCUGGAUUCGGCGGGAAAGACCACGGUGCUCUACCGCCUCAAGUUCAACGAGUUCGUCAACACCGUUCCCACCAUCGGCUUCAACACCGAGAAGAUCCGGCUCAGCAACGGGACGGCCAAGGGCAUCAGCUGCCACUUCUGGGACGUGGGCGGCCAGGAGAAGCUGCGCCCGCUCUGGAAGUCCUACAGCCGCUGCACCGAUGGCAUCAUCUACGUGGUGGACUCAGUGGAUGUGGACCGGCUGGAGGAAGCCAAAACGGAGCUGCACAAGGUGACCAAGUUCGCGGAGAACCAGGGCACCCCGCUGCUGGUCAUCGCCAACAAGCAGGACCUGCCCAAAUCGCUGCCGGUGGCCGAGAUCGAGAAGCAGCUGGCCCUCCACGAGCUGACCCCUUCCACCACCUACCACAUCCAGCCCGCCUGCGCCAUCAUCGGCGAGGGGCUGACGGAGGGCAUGGACAAGCUCUACGAGAUGAUCCUCAAGCGCAGGAAGUCCCUCAAGCAGAAGAAGAAGCGGCAGCUCCAUCCUGGAGCUUCUUCAAUGGGAAUUACCCCCAAAUCACCAGUUUUUGUCUGAGCAGCAAAAGGCCACUGCUGUGAGUUACUUUAAGCACUUUGCACACACACCAUGAAAAAAAAAAGCCUCGUACUGGCCCGGCAGAGCAAAAUUGAGACAUUUCAGCACGAAGAUGUUUGAAUAUGGAGGGCUCAGCUUGGGAAUAUUUGCUCUAAUAAACCAUUCUGUUUAUUUCAG